AUGGAGUCCUCAAAGUCGCCAGGUCCUUCCUUCUCUACGCCGCGCCGUUCUCUCACAGCGCCUGUCCGCCCGGCUUCCCCGCAGUCAUCGCCACAAUCUGCCAGCGAGUUGGUGGACACCCUUUAUGAUCAUCCGAAUGUCAAGAUCGUUUCCUUCACCGCGGGCUAUCGUUCUCUCUCUGUCGGCCCGUGGACGGGUACUGCGCCUGACAUCGAGCCCGGAUCGCUCCCCUGGACGUCGCAUCUGGAGCGGACCAUUGCAGCCGGCGCCUUCAGAAUCUACCGCGCCCCGGGUUCGGUGGCUUUUCUCAGCUGUGGUUCCGCGCUCCAGCCGAUUCUGCCCAAAAGCCAAGUCUGGUGCGUCGAUGAAGACUCGAGCAAGUUCGUCUUGCAAAUACGCCGGCCACAGUACUGGAGGAUAGAACUUCCUGUGGAGAAGGAGGAAGAUGUGUACCGCGUGCAGCUACUCCGAGACGUCUUUGACAGGAUCCUACAGUUUGAGAAGACCGAAUGCCCAUUCAAGAGAUCUUUCACAGUCAAGCUUCCAGAACGGCCGCAAACACCAGUAAAGAAACGGCCAUGGACACCGGUGCGGAGGUCCAGCACGUCUUUCCCCCUGACUCCCGUCACACCCGUCGAGAUCGCGCCCGUAUACAAGGGAACACCGCGGGGGGCGAUAUCUCUUGGGGACAUGAAAACCACCGCCGAUGUGAAGACAACGCUGCGCAAUGAGGCCCGCGCAUUAGAGCCGCCUGUGGAAGAACAAGCUUCCAGAUCAGGGGGUGAUUCCCCCGUCGAUGCCGAUCCCGCUGACUUCCCUCGACGCCCCGAUCCGGUGUCAGUUGAAACGUUACAAUGCGCCAGCCCAGCUGCCUCGCAGCAACCAACGGUCGCCCAACCCCCGGGUAUCAAACUCUCUACCGAUACUCUAGACUCCCUCCACAGGCGGGAAUCGUGGCGCUCCGUUCCUCUCCCUCCGUCGCCACCCUUGUCCGACGAAGGGUCGCCCACAACAUCGUCUCGUCGGGAAACAAAUCAGACACUAUCAGAUAUCCAGGUAACCCUCCAGGAUCAUUCCGACCCUGGUUCCACCUCCAGCUCUCCUCUCGUCUCAGCAGCGCCCAGCGCCACAACAGAACCGUCACCUUCAAUUCCCAAAACAGCGCCCGAAAAGCCCAUCACUUCGCAACCCCCAUCCCCGUUCACCGAGGACGAAGAAGCCUUCACAACACCUGCGUCAAGCCCAAGCCCCUCCCCGCCGUCUCCAGCACCUCCCGUAGACCCCGCUGCUACGACAUCGUCUCCAGCGCCAACAUCCGCCCGCCCCUCACCGCUCCGCCGCGCAACUACAUCAAGCAGCAUCUCCCCGAGCCGAAGUGGACCUCUGUCCCCAUUCCCGCCGCCAGCAGCCAACCUUUUUGCUCCCCGAUCUCCCCACCACAACCACCACCACCCUUCCUCUCCCAGUGACAACAACCACAACGGUAACAACCAUACCAACAACAGCGGCGCGCUAGCCGUCGUCCGCCGCCUGCCCAUGACGGUCAUCCACAAGACGUGCGAGAUCCUCAUGUCGCCGCCCUCACAUCUCCUCAGCCUGAUGCUGAAGGUCGCCGCGCGGAUUGCCGCGGGUGAGUGGAGGGGAUUGGUCUUUGGCCUGGGCAGGGGCGGUGAGAGGGUCGAGGUGUGCUGGGAUUGGAGCGACGAUUAUGACUAUGAUGACUAUGGGGAUGUUUAUGAUUACCACCAAGACGAGCUCAGGCAGCCUGGGCAUGCGCGGCGUGGGUUCGGGUGUGGGUUGGACCCGGGGAAUGGAUAUGCCAAUUCGCAUGGAUUUGGAUAUGGAUAUGGCAGUGGUGGCGGCGGGAAUGGGAGGAGGGGAGGACAUGUGCUCAGAACCAGGGCUAGUGGCGGGGAUUUGAGAGCUGCGUCAUCUGGUUUUUGGAGGGCUGGGUGGGGUGAGGAGGAGGGUGAUGGGGAUGACAAGGCGAAUGGGAAUGGGAAUGGUUGGCUGAAGAGGAGGCGGAUGAGGGAGAGAAUGGCGGGGAGUUUUCCCGAGAGUAGUGAUGAUGAGGAGGAGCAGCUGGGGCCGUCGGAUGUACCCGCUGUGAAAUCGCCUGGUCGCGGGCCCAAGGGGGACCAUAUUGAUGGUGAGGCUGAGGAGACGACUGAUGAGGAUGUGUCGGGGCAGCGGGGGAAUACUGCUGUCCCAGGGACUGGAGCGGGGAUGGAUCAGGACUCGGGAGUUGAUUGA